AAUCAGUCUUGUUAUGUUGAUAAUCUCAGAAGUUGCACAGUAUUGUUUAAUAAAAAUAUUUUUAUUAGUUUAAUUAAUAGAUUGCUAUUGUUAAAUAAAAUGUUUGUCUCAUUAGGAAAAAUUUGCAAUGCAACACACCGUGAUUCGGAGCAAGAUAAUCCAAAUAUUCCAUUUGAAUUUAAUGAUGCUAACAAAAAACGAGUGGAAGCAAUACUUGGUAUUUACCCUGAGGGUCAUAAACGUGGUGCUAUGAUUCCAUUGCUGGACUUAGCUCAACGUCAACAAGGUUGGCUGCCGAUUUCCGCGAUGCACAAAGUUGCAGAAAUUUUAGGUGUGUCAAACAUGCGUGUGUACGAAGUUGCUACAUUCUACACGAUGUUCAAUCGUCGACCGAUGGGAAAAUAUCACGUACAAAUAUGCACAUGCACCCCAUGCUGGUUGCGCGAUUCUGAUUCCAUAGUUCAAGCUGUUGAAGCAGCUACUAAUUGUAAACUUGGGGGUACAUCUGCUGAUAAUUUGUUUACUCUUUCUGAAGUUGAGUGUCUUGGAGCUUGCGCCAAUGCUCCGAUGUUACAAGUUAAUGAUGACUACUACGAAGAUUUAACUCCAGAAACAACAAAAGAAAUAAUAAACAAAUUGAAAGUUGGUGAAAGACCACCACCCGGACCACAAAAAUCUCAACGAUUUGCAGCAGAUCCAGCUGGUGGGCUUACAUCUCUAACAGCACCACCACCUGGACCCGGUGAUUUUGUACGAAGUGAUUUAUAA